AUGACGGAGAGACUGGCUUUGUUGUUAUGGACGAACGCAGAUAACCAAUUCGGAAACAGAGUAAUUAAAGAAGAAAUCAAGGAAGCUCUGCUGAAGAAUGACAAACCACUGGCUAUUGCAAAGAUUGAGGAGUUCCUGAAUAAAGAGAAGAACACUCCACUCAAUAUCGCCAUCACAGGUGAAACUGGUGCUGGUAAAUCCACUUUUAUUAAUGCCUUCAGGGGAAUGGACAACAGAGAUGAGGGAGCUGCCCCGACUGGUGUAACAGAAACAACCUUAGAGAAUACACCAUACCCUCAUCCAAUGUAUCCCAAUGUUACUUUAUGGGAUCUUCCUGGAAUCGGCACCACCAAGUUUCCAGCUGAUAAGUACCUGGAGCUUGUUGGAUUUGAGAAGUUUGACUUCUUCAUCAUCAUCUCAGACACUCGCUUCAGAGAAAAUGAUGUGAAACUCACUCAGGAGAUUCAGAAGAUGAAGAAAAGGUUCUACUUUGUUCGCUCAAAGAUUGACAACGAUGUACGAGCUGCAGAGAGAAAGAAAGACUUCAGUAAAGAGAAGACUCUUACAAAAAUGAGGGAAAACUGUGUUCAAGGACUCAGAGGAUCUGGGAUCCAGUCUCCACAGGUCUUUUUGAUGUCCAGCUUUGAGCUCCACCUGUACGACUUCUCUCAGCUAUAUGAGACCUUAGACAGAGAACUUCCUGAACACAAAAGACAUGCUCUGCUGCGCGCCAUGCCCAACAUCAGCCUGGAGAUCAUCAACAAGAAGAAAAAAGCUUUCAAGCGCCGAUUGUAUCUUUUGUGUGCUGUCUCUGGAGGUGUAGCUGCUGUUCCACUUCCUGGGCUUUCUAUUGUUGUUGACAUAGCUCUGAUGGUGGGUGCUGUUACAGAUUAUAUUUGUGGGUUUGGUCUUGAUAUCAAGUCUCUGAAAAGGCUCUCCGCUAUCUCAGGUGUGCCAUACACUGACCUCCUUGCUGUCAUCACUUCACAACUGGCAGCAAAGAAAAUAACACGUGAUCUCCUUCUGAAGGUGUCGGCCCAGCUUGCAGUAUCAGCUGUAUUCAUGGUACUAGAGGAAGUAUGCAGGUUUAUUCCAAUAAUUGGAAUCCCGUUAUCAAUGGGUUUCUCUAUCACCACAACCUACAGGCUUCUAAAUUUUAUCUUGAACCAGCUCGCUGAAGAUGCUCAGAAGGUGUAUGAAAAGGCCCUGGGUCUGAAAGCUUCACCUCAAAAACUUAAAAAGUAA